CUUCCUGGUGUGGGGGUUGUCAACAGCCCAGAAAGAGAAAGACAGAGACCGGGAGUGCUGAGGAGUGGAGCGAGGGACCCAGCAGUGCCACGCGGGAGGAGUCUUGGGAGACCUACCCGCCCAGACCCCUGAGGCGGCUGCCACCUGGACGAUCGGGGGGGCUGAACCGCCCCCUCCCAAAUUGGUUUCGAGAUUCCUGGGGCUUCAGAGGCUGUGCCGAGGCACCACCAAGGAGAGGGGGUCCUUCUUUUCUGGAGAGCAAACUUUCCAUGGAGACGCCUUGUGGGGUGAGGUGCGGCCCCUGAAGAGGACUGGACACCCUUUGAUUGCGGCUUGUGCUGCUGGGGCCAGGAGGCCCCGAGGAAAGGACAGUCCGACAUCUUAGGCAGCCCGGACCCUCAGCCCAGCUUGGUGGCCAAGGCCAAGAGUUUGCAAACUCAGCUCUGGAGUUCAGCAGCGACAACAGCAGGAAAAACCUGCCCCUGCCCUCCCCUCCCGCCACCUCCCUUACCCUGUUCUCCCUUCAUCAACCAGGCACCCCCAAUUCCCACAAGGCCCUCCCACCAUGUCGGACCCAGACGUCCCCAGGGGCCCAGAUGCCCCUGCCAUGUGGCCCCCCUGUUCCAGGGGCGCCUGAGCUCCUUUAAGGAGUCCCAGCCGCCCCCCACCGACCUCAGCCCAGUCCUGAGCCCCAGGGACCAUGAGCGGGGGCAAGAAGAAAAGUAGUUUCCAGAUCACCAGCGUCACCACGGACUACGAGGGCCCAGGGAGCCCAGGGGGUUCAGAUCCCCCCGCCUCACCGGCCCCAACUGGGCACCCAGCCCGCCUACCCAACGGGGAGCCCAACCCUGAGGCUGGGGGCAAGAGCACCCCCCGGAAUGGCUCCCCGCCGCCUGGGGCCCCUGCCUCCCGUUUCCGGGUGGUGAAGCUGCCCCAGGGCCUGGGAGAGCCUUAUCGCCGAGGCCGCUGGACGUGUGUGGAUGUUUACGAGAGAGACCUGGAGGGCUCCAGCUCUGGCCGGCUCCUUGAGGGAAUUCGAGGGGCUUCAGGGGGCGCUGGGGGCAGAUCUUUGGAUUCUAGGUUGGAGCUGGCCAGCUUGGGCCUGGGUGCUCCUACCCCACAGACAGGCCUGUCUCAGGGCCCCACCUCCUGGCUCCGCCCGCCACCCACCUCCCCUGGACUUCAGGCCCGCUCCUUAACUGGGGGGUUGGGCCAGCUGGGGGUAUCCACCAAGACUAAGGUGGAGACACCCCCUCUGUCAGCCUCCCCACCCCAGCAGCGCCCCCCAGAGCCAGGAACCGGGGACAGCACUGGCCCAUCUAGGGCCGCCACACCCCAGCCCUCCCUGAGGGGAGAAGUGGAGUCUGGGGGCUCAGCGACAAGGACCCCUCCACUGUCCCGAACCAAGGAUGGAGCCCUGCGACUGAGGAUGGAGUUGGUUGCUCCAGAGGAGGUGGGGCAGGUGCCCCCACUGGACUCACGCCCAAGCUCUCCUGCCCUCUAUUUCUUCCCUGAUGCCAGUCUGGUUCACAAGUCUCCAGACCCCUUUGGAGCAGCAGCUCAGAGCUUCAGCCUGGCCCGCUCCAUGCUGGCUAUCAGUGGCCACCUGGACAGCGAUGACGAUAGCGGCUCCGGAAGCCUGGUUGGCAUUGACAACAAGAUCGAACAAGCUAUGGACUUGGUGAAGUCCCACCUCAUGUUUGCGGUCCGGGAGGAGGUGGAGGUGCUGAAGGAGCAGAUCCGGGAACUGGCUGAGCGGAACGCUGCGCUGGAGCAGGAGAAUGGACUGCUGCGUGCCCUGGCCAGUCCCGAGCAGCUGGCCCAGUUGCCCUCCUCGGGGGUCCCUCGGCUUGGGCCCCCUGCACCCAACGGGCCCUCUAUCUGAGCCUCCCUUCCCUCACAAUG